GAUCUGCAGAAACUUCAGAACAAAUGGAACACCACACAGAUCACAAGUCCAGUGUCCUGCUGAGAGUUUCCCGUCUGCCUCUGGUUCACUCAGCGUUACAGACAGUGAGUGCAACAUACUCAGAGUUCAAAGGUCGUUACCUCCUGCUGAACAUGAUGGCAGGAGUGGCAGAGGUGGGAGUUCGCAGAGUCUCAGGAGAGGCCAUGAGACAAGUCAGCCCCCUCCUCCAGAGUCUGGAACCACAGAUUGACGUUGCCAACAGUUUUGCACUGGAUGGACUCGACCGUCUGGAGAAAGCCUUUCCCAUCCUGAACGAGUCGACAGAUCAGGUGUUGACUCACCUGAAAGAUGCCUUCUUUGUGACUCUGGACGACGUGGAGGUUUGGGUGGUGGACAGUCUGGACGGAGCUGUGGACCAGCUGGAGCGCGUGGUCGAGGCGGUCCGCCGGGCCGUGAGGCAGCUGCAGGACUCCCAGGUGGGCCAGGCGGCCUCGCUGGGACUGGACAAUGUUCUGACUCUCCUGGAGGACGCCACCGCCUUCUACAUGCCCCUCCCACCAACACUGCGGCGGGAGUGGGAGAUGAGGGUUCAGGAGUACGAGGAUGAAGACGAGGAAGACGAGCCUGGCCCGUGGACCAGAGCCCGCAGCCUCCUGCUGACCCUCAGCCUGCAGCUUUAUCACCGGGGGUCAAAGGUCAGAGAGCGGCUGCAGGAGGCCGUCACAACACUGGGGGGCGCUGCAGACCAGGUGGGUCUGACCCGGGUCCUGGGUCUGACCGGGGAGCUGCUGCAGUACCUGCAGAACCUGGUGGUGGCGCUGUUGUUCCGAGCAGAGAGUUUCAGGGGGGCCGCCCUGCGGGGGAUCAUGGACCGAGCCACGACGCUGGCCCAGCUGAGACCGGUUCAGCAGAUCCGAGAGCUGCCGGCCCAGAUUCAGCAGGUGCUCCGGGACCUGCAAGAACUCUCCAAGAUCCUCCUGCAGCUGGUGGUCAACACCACGCCGCUCUACGACAUGCUGGAGCAGCCGUCGCCUCAGCAGGUGGAGGACUUCCUGAACCAGGAGGACCUGGUGUCAGACAGCUCGUCCCGCCGGGGCUCCGCCAACAGCCUCUUCUUGAAGGCGAUGGACGGUCGCCCUCGCCGCCGCCGCAGCCUCUACUCUCGAGCCAGUCGGGGCUCCGGAGGUCCUCAGAGCCCGGACCCCUCUAACAAACGCCGCUCCAGCCUGAAGGAUUCCUCCAACCCCGAGGUGGACAACCAGGUCCCCCCGCCUGAGGGCGACACCCUGCGACGCCCGUCUGCCACCGAGCUGCUGCUCACACCACUCAAACAGUUCAUCUCCCAGAGCCAGAAGGCCUUCGAGUACCUGAGCCCCAACUCUGCCGACAGCCUCGCCAUCGCUGUGAAAACAGACGACUUCUAAACGCCGCGCUGCACUUCCUGCACCUUGACCCCCCCUCCGAUCAACACCUGGUUUCUGCUCUGAGACGAAGCGUUGCUGAAAAAUCACCGAGGCUGGAAUUCUGAUUCACUGAGCAAAGGCUUUCAUAAAGAGGGGAACUGUAUGGAGACCAUAAGGGGACAUGGGGGGGGGGAAGGAUCCGGUAAAGUAAGUCGGGUUCCUGAAAACGUUUCCCAAGAUCCCGAGAAACGUUUUUAGCAUCCCAACUUUUUUUUCUCAGGAUCCCGACUUUCGUUCUCAGGAUCCUGAGAAAAAAGUUGGUAUCCUGAAAACGUUUCUCAAGAUCCCGAGAAAAAAUUCAGGAUCCGGAUUCUGACCUUUUUUCUCAGGAUCCUGACUUUCGUUCUUGGGAUCCUGAGAAAGAAAGUCAGGAUCUGUUUUUUCCCCCCAUGUCUCCUUCCGGGCUCCGUAGAAUUAUAGGUACUCGUAGGCUCAAUAAAAAGAUUUGAAGGGGAGUUUUGCAAAAAUAGCUCAAUUUCCAUCAUAAUUCUGACCACAGAACAUUAGAAUAAAAGUCACAUUGCAUCCAAUUUAUAACAAAAAAAAAACACACAAUAUAGCUAAGCCAAACUUUAGUGUCAAAAAACAAAAUUGACUUAUUUCAAGUUUGUUUCUGUGUAGUUCAUUUAGUCGUUUUUUUCCCCAUCACUGGGUCAGAGUAACGGAAAUGGGCUGAGUACACGACCCUGUGGGACGCCUUAAUCUCAGAAAUGCAUCAGAUGGCCUGAUUUAGAAACAGGAAGUAGAAUUCCAGCUGAGGGAGGAGUUGAGUCACGGAGCUCUGGUUUGAAAAUUGAGAGGAAGUUUAACUAAACUGAUUGGUUAUUUUAAAAUAUAAUUUAUUAUCAUUUUCACUGCUUUAUAUCUCCAACACCAUCUGUGUAAAGUUAACGUGUUUAACUCAAGUGAUGAAAUAAAGCCUCUUUAAAUAUUCAAAAA